AUGCCACAGAUUAUACCUGGUGGAAGACCAAGAGCUUCUUCUGAUGGAGAUAUCCUAAAUGACAGUUUUUGUGGUGAACUCUACGUAAAUUUAGACGAGCGUCCGAGCGAGGUUGCCCGGAAAAGUCUCCCUCAGGAUUCAUUGAUUGUAAACAGAGGUACUGCGAACGCAGGUGAAUACCUUGGCAUUUGUAACGACGCUUUCGACAGCGACGGAGAAAACAGUUCAAACAGUCAGGCUAGUUUGGGGAGGUCGCAGAGAAAGGGUAUUUUUUUCAAAUCAAUGCGAAAGGCUGUAAGUCGUGCAUUUGUUAAUAAGGAUUCUCCAAAACCUUACGACGCAUCCUUGAAAAAGCAACACGAGAAGCAAACCGCGACAAGACCUGUUGAUCGCGACCCCAGUAAGGUAUGGACACCGGACUUGAAACACUUAGGAUCUAGUACUAAAUCCAAUGGCCUCGAUGCCUCAGAUAAUGACAACAUGUCUACAUCACGACCGUUGAUUACGGAAUCCAACGCGGGGCCUAUUGUCCCAAAAUGGAAGAAAACGCCAGGCACCAUUGGGAUAUACAACCACGGCAACAGUUGUUUCAUGAACUGUGUUCUUCAGUGCUUGAGCAACACAGAUUCAUUUACCGAAUAUUUUAUUCGAGAUUUUUACAAGAAUGAUUUAAAGAAUAGUUCAAAUGGAAAGAAGGGUGUGUUUCGAUCAAACCAGGGUGAAGUAACAGAGCAACUAGGGAUCCUGUUAAAAUCUCUGUGGUCAGGGAAGUAUACCAGUGAGGUGUCAAAGGAGUUCAAGGCUGUUGUUGGUAAAUACAAUAGUCAGUAUAAGGGGGAUCAUCAGCAUGAUGCUCAAGAAUUCCUGCUCUGGCUUUUGGACCGUGUUCACGAAGAUGUGAGCACCUGUAGCAGAAAGAAAGUCAAGCCUCAGAAAACUCCUGUAUUGAAGUCGGAUGAAGAGUUAGCAGCAGAAGCUGCAGCAGUCAACGGGGAGAGCUUUAUACUCAAGCUCAGCACAUUUGAUCCCUAUCUGUGUGUGUCCCUGCCUCUGCCACAGAAAUGUCCUCGCACCGUUUACGUCGUUGUAGUCUCCUCGGCUUCCCAUUACUUCCACGAAGUGAAAAUGGCCAUCACUUUGAACCAGUAUGAUGGAGUGAAGGAAUUAAGAGAACGUGUGUCAUCUGAAGCGAAGAUUCCUUCAAAACAGUUGCUGUUGGUGCAGCUGAAGGAGGAUGGCUUCGGUUCCACUUACAGCGAUGAGGAGCCCAUCUCUGACAUACCAGAGAAUGAGCUGGUGUAUGCCAUCGAAACCUAUUCAGAGGAUGCUAGCUUGCAGAGCUCUCUCCAGGAGUUUGAGACCCCCACCUGUCAGCUGUUGGUGGUGCACACAGAGGUCCAGAGUGGGGCAGCUCGAAGUCAUCGCUUUGGGAGCCCAGCAGUGUUGAGAGUACGCAGAGACAUUACCUGGAAGAACCUGCAAAAGGAAAUACUACUAAAAAUGGAGGGCUGCGUAUGUGAAGAAAUUUUGUCCCAAACUCAGAAAUUGAGCAAUCUGUUUAUGUUGAGAAUCUGUGAUGGAACAACACGUAAGAACUACCUGCCUUCUGAUGUUGACCUCCCUCUGUACACCCAGUCUGCUGAAAGAGCGUAUACAUGUUUGGAUGAAGACUUUGGCCCUCCUCAUAUAAAGAUUGUGGCUGAAUGGGACCAGCAGACCAAGAAAACGGUUAUUGUGGAUGACAAAGAGCAUAUAGAAACUCAUCCAUCAGUGGCAGAAGCACAGAACAACACCCCUAGUCAGGUCACUGUUUCGUUGGAUGAAUGUUUCAGGCUCUACACUCAGGAAGAGAAGUUGAUUGGUGAUGAUGCCUGGUUGUGCCCCCAUUGUAAACAGCAGCAGCAAGGAACUAUUAAAACCCUGAAGCUGUGGUCAUUGCCUGAUGUUCUCAUACUACAUUUAAAGAGAUUCAAACUGAGUGGCAGUAGUAGAAGCAAGUUAAAUACUUUGGUGGAGUUUCCAGUUGAGAACUUGGAUAUGUCUGCUCACUUGACGCAUCGAAAUCAGACACACCCUCUUAAGCGUGACGAUUACUGCUAUGAUCUUCUGGGUGUGAGCAAUCACUAUGGCAAUAUGGCUGGAGGUCACUACACAUCUUAUUGCCGCAGUUCUAUCGAUGGAGAAUGGAGAGAGUUUAAUGAUACUAAAGUUCGUACCUUAGAGGGACCGGUGGCUACAAAAGAAGCUUACUUACUCUUUUACCAGCGCCGCGCUCUAAGCAAAGAAAUAAAUCAAAGAAUAUUUACAGGGGAUCAUUGGGUAUUUACCUUGUCUUUUGCACCCUCUGAAGCGGUUGAAGAGAAGCCAGCUACUAGUGAAACUUGGAGUGCAGAUAUUAAUAAUCAUCCACGGCGUUCCAGAUCAAGAUCUGCAUCACCUUCUGCCCAUCGACAGACUGACAAAGAUGUUGCCAGUUUUGCCAAUCGCCGUAUUCCCAACCGCCCUUUGACCCCACAGCCCUUCAGACGACCCACACUCACUUUCACUGAUGAUAAGAAUGAUGACGACGAUGAUGAUGACAGUGAAGAUGACAGUUCUGAUGUCACAACUCCUUCCUCUCCAGAGAAGAACAGUAAUCUCACAAGAAGGUCCCGCCCUGUGCAGAGACAAGCUUCAGCACCAGGGUUCCAAUUCAGACGAGAGAAGUCUGCAGGAGCUCCAUUUUCAGUCAAAUUUCGGGAUUCAUUGUACAACAGAAGAAGCGCUGAGACAGAUCAGAUUUUCCCCGCAGAUGAAAAUAAACCGAUAUUAAAACCAGAAAUAAGCAACGGGGUUUCUAGAAGUCAAUCUCAGUCAGGUCCUAAAACAGAUCGACCACCGCCUACACAAGCCAUAGUUAUCAGACAUGAGCCUCCGAAAGUACCAGUCAAUGACUUGUCCCUUGCCACAUCAAAAACCAUCAGCCAUCAGGCAUAUUUGACCAACAGUAGCUUGGAUUCUGACGCAAAAUACCCUUCAUAUUCCGGUGAUUAUAAUAGGUAUUUAGAUAGUAAAAAGACAUCAAAGAGUUUACUUUCGCAUGAACCCGCAAGUAUACUGCAGGUGAAGUACGAUAGCAAGGAUAGUUACCCUAGCCACGGGCUAAAAUCAUAUCGUGAUGCUCAUUCUGAUGCUGAUGGGGCUAGAAAGAAACUAGCUCAGUUAAUAAUCAAACCAGACAGCAUGAAUAGAGCAUAUGCAGACCGGACAGGGGGUGGUACUGAUUCAGGGGAUGUAAACUGUGGUUUUGUGAGAAAUGGUUCCAGGAUGUACGACAAGCAGAAAAGUUCAGAACUAGUCAGGUUUCAGCAGGAUCGUUACUCGGAUGUGAGUAUACCUGAAACUAGUUCCGUAGCCCAUUCUUAUCAGUUAGAUAAUUUAUGUUCAGACAUCAGAGGCCGGGAUGGCGAGUUCAUGCGAGAUCGAUGGUACAGCAGUAGUUCACAUUUCGGUAACCGAAGAGCAGGAUAUGCUCGUUUGGAAGAAGUAGACGACUAUUUUGUUGAUCUCGAAGAGCCGACAGAUUUCCCGCACCUGUCAGACUUUAGAACCAAAGUGCCAGGGGAAGCGUUCCGCAAGUUGGCAGACAAGCAUUUCGGUGACGGUGAUAGGUCGAGGGAUAAUUAUCUGUCCAGGCUUACAGAUGGUUACGUCUCUCCACACUUGAAUGGUGAUAUCAACCGCCUGAGCAAAUAUACUAAUGUGAGCCGGACAUCGGACCUUCCUCCAACUGGGAGACACGACCGAGAUAUUAUCCCCCGCUCCAACACUGACCACAGUAUCCACUAUAACUCCAGUCUGGCGCCUCCCCCUUCCCCCACCCCUCCGCACAGUAUUCAAGAGGAGCAGAGAUUCAGCAGUGCUGCAAUCUCGUCAUCACUUCCAUCAUCCUCUGGUGGUUACCUCACCACAGGCCGCAUAUCCAGCAGAGAAAUAAGCUCCAUACAGAGCUAUGAAUUUGCAGGAAGGCAUGUGGGCACUCAGGAGGUGCUGAUUCCAACAGGGAUCCAAACUCUGCCUGGAUAUUCACAGAGCAUGAGGGAAAGCAAAUAUCGCUUUAGACGGCCCAGAGGAACAUGGGGGAUCAAACCCCCGAAACCCGCCACUAACAGCUUGGAGAGCAUGGCCACACCAUGUUUACGAGAAUCUUCAGUAUAA